AUGCUCAACUACUACAUCCAGGUGCUGACCACCUUCCCGCUCGAAACACGCAAUGCCAUGUGGGCUGUCUACGGCAGCAGAGGACGUACCGGCGAAGACCCCAUAGUGGACAAUAAAGCAGGAAAUGCGGACAGCAAAAGGGAAGAUGAAGAAGAGAAGAAAAAGAACGAGUUUCACUCCUACCUGUUCUUGUCCACCGAUGACAGUACCAUGGUGUUACGCACCGACGAGGAGUUGGCCCAGGUCAAAGCUGAACCGCAUAGCUUCCACGCCGGUGUGCAAACCCUGCUAGUUGCCAAUGUGGGGAGUCGCGGGUUCAUCCUGCAGGUCCAUCCGCAAGGACUGGUGCUGCUGCGAGACCUGGACGAGUUACAGGACAUAACUCUCAGCGACACUCUCACAGAACGGCACAGUCACGCCGCACCCACCGGCACACAUGCAGACACAAACACACCUCUGCUCACAGACGCGCCUAAGGGUCCUAGCACCGGCACAGACCCACACAGCAACACAGAAGCAAGCACACACACGCAUGGCGAGAUAAGUAUCAUCUCCGCCGACAUCGCCGAUCCCUACGUGAGUGUCCUGUGCAGCGACGGGCAGGUGAUUGUGUGGCUGUUUGACUCGGCCACGUGUUCGUUGGUGCGGACGGACCUGAAUGUACCGAACUGCCCGCUUUCCGCUGUGUGUUUAUAUCGGGACGAGGAUAUGGUGUUAUUUGCUGACUCGAGCUCGUCACAGAAUACACGAUCCUAUACUUCGGCUGCAAACGGGGAUAGCAGCGCGGUGAGAGAAG